AUGGACCUCGUGCUCCUGGAGAAGGCCCUGCUGGGCCUAUUCGCGGCGGCGGUGGUGGCCAUCGCCGUCGCAAAGCUAACCGGCAAACGCUACCGCCUCCCGCCCGGCCCGCCCGGCGCCCCCGUGGUGGGCAACUGGCUGCAGGUAGGCGACGACCUGAACCACCGCAACCUGAUGACCCUCGCGAAGCGGUUCGGCGACAUCUUCCUCCUCCGCAUGGGCGUGCGCAACCUGGUGGUGGUCUCGACCCCCGACCUCGCCAAGGAGGUGCUCCACACGCAGGGCGUGGAGUUCGGGUCCCGCACCCGCAACGUCGUCUUCGACAUCUUCACGGGGAAGGGCCAGGACAUGGUGUUCACCGUGUACGGCGACCACUGGCGGAAGAUGCGGCGGAUCAUGACGGUGCCCUUCUUCACCAACAAGGUCGUCGCGCAGAACCGCGCCGGGUGGGAGGAGGAGGCCCGCCUCGUGGUGGAGGACGUGAAGAGGAACGCCAAGGCCGCGACCCAGGGCGUCGUGAUCCGGAAGCGCCUGCAGCUCAUGAUGUACAACGACAUGUUCCGCAUCAUGUUCGACCGGAGGUUCGAGAGCGAGGAGGAUCCGCUCUUCAACAAGCUCAAGGCCUUCAACGCGGAGCGCAGCCGCCUGUCGCAGAGCUUCGAGUACAACUAUGGUGACUUCAUCCCCGUGCUCCGCCCGUUCCUACGAGGGUACCUCAACCGCUGCCGCGACCUCAAGACGCGCCGCAUGAAGGUCUUCGAGGACAACUUCGUCCAGGAACGCAAGAAGGUGAUGGCUCAGACUGGUGAGAUCCGGUGCGCCAUGGACCACAUCCUCGAGGCCGAGAGGAAAGGCGAGAUCAACCAUGACAACGUCCUCUACAUCGUCGAGAACAUCAACGUCGCAGCGAUCGAGACGACACUGUGGUCGAUCGAGUGGGGCAUCGCGGAGCUGGUGAACCACCCGGCCAUCCAGUCCAAGCUGCGGGAGGAGCUGGACUCAGUGCUGGGUGCCGGCGUGCCUGUGACGGAGCCGGACCUCGAGCGCCUCCCUUACCUCCAGGCCAUCGUCAAGGAGACGCUCCGCCUGCGCAUGGCCAUCCCGCUGCUGGUGCCCCACAUGAACCUCAACGACGGCAAGCUCGCCGGCUAUGACAUCCCCGCCGAGUCCAAGAUCCUCGUCAACGCCUGGUUCCUCGCCAACGACCCCAAGAGGUGGGUGCGGCCCGACGAGUUCCGGCCCGACCGCUUCCUGGAGGAGGAGAAGACCGUGGAGGCUCACGGCAACGACUUCCGCUUCGUGCCCUUCGGGGUCGGUCGCCGGAGCUGCCCAGGGAUCAUCCUCGCGUUGCCUAUCAUCGGCAUCACCCUGGGCAGGCUGGUGCAGAACUUCCAGCUGCUGCCGCCGCCGGGCCAGGAUAAGAUCGACACCACGGAGAAGCCCGGCCAGUUCAGCAACCAGAUCGCCAAGCACGCCACCAUCGUCUGCAAGCCCCUCGAGGCCUAG